AAACAGUUAUUUGGCAGAAGACCUACAGUAGUGAUGUAAUAUUUGUAAACAUUCUGAGAGAGAGAUAACAUCUGACAAACGUUUCGAUAAACCAGUCAUUAAGGCAGUAAUAUUGUUCCGAAGGAAGUUUUACCCAGUAAUCAGAAUGUCAGAUGAUAAUCUCAGCGAGGUUCUCAUUGAUCGACUGAAGUCUUUGGCAGCCAAGCCUAAUGACAAUAUCGCAGGACUUCGCUCUGUGGCUGCUAGACUGCACAGUCGUACAGCUUCACAAGAUAAACAGGUGAAAGAGAAGACUUUGGAGUAUAUAUGCCAUAAAAAAUCUGGCAUUUUGGCACUACUAAUCAGCUUACUAGAGGUUGUGAAAGACCAAGCAACCGCUUGCAGUUUGGCAGGAAUUCUUCAUGAGUGUGUUGCUCCAAAAUCAGGAAAGUCCCGAAGUUCUGCUAUUAGUCAGCUGGUCUCAAUGAAUGCAUCACAGUCAGUAGUGAAGUUAAUAAUGCAACAGCAAACAAAAUAUGUGGUUCUGUCAGAUACUUUUAUGCUGGAAUUAAUGUGGUUGUUGGCUCAGUUGGCACAGCGAGAUUCCAAAUUCUCAGUGAAGACUCGACUGGUUGGGGCUACUAAAACAUUCCAUAAUGUAUUGCGAACUUACUGUAAUAACACUAAACUAUUAUAUCCAGUACUUCUUGUGAUUAAAUGUUUGGCCAGAAGCUCUUCUACAACGUCACUGUUGGUCAAAGAUGGAAUAGUAGCUACUAUGGAGAAGAUUAUUGUCUGCAUUGGAUUCACUCCUAAUUCCAAGCUCAGAUUGUCAUUGAAUGUGAUCAACUACCUCACUAAAAGCAGACCCUGCUGUAUCCAAACAGUAAAGAGUGGAUUACUGAUUCUCUUGUUACGGAUAUUUGAGCGCUGGGAUCGUUAUGAAGGAAGAAUACACUUAAAGAUUUGCAGCUAUAUAAUUAUGACAUUACAACACCUUUGUUCUACUAAAAUUGGCCGGAAAAGUGUUUGUACACACAAUGGUUUGACCCUUCUUCACAAGUUCAGUACACACUGUCCGGAAGACAAAAGUUAUGAUUCAGUUCUAGCCCGGGUAUGUUAUAUCAUUAACAUAUGUCUGGACAGGAAACAGUUGCCUGUACAGAGUACAUCAAGCCCAGCAAUUUUCACCUUGCCGACUCUAAAAGAGGUCUACAGAUAUAAUGAAAUUGACAUAACAGGGAAACAUGCUUCUUCAUCUCAUGAGGCAAGUCCAGGAUCUGAUGAAGAUAGCUGUGAGGACUCCUUACAAGAAGAAGCAGAAGAAGAUGAUGAUAGUGAUGAUAGUGAUGGUAAUGAUGACAAAGAUAAUGAAUGUUAUAAAGAAGAGUACAAGAACAAAAUCUGUAAUCUGCCCCUUCCUGCUCAGCGAGACGUAGAAGAUCUUCUUGGAUAUUCUCAUUAUUUGAGAGAGUUUGGAAAACUGGAAGAAAAAUAUGGCAGAAGUAUCUUACUGAAAUCUUCUACUUCUUGUGAUACUAGUUUACCAUCUAAUGGAAAAAAUCAGUUUAUACAGAAGAACUGCAAAGAAAAUUGCCAUGAGAACAUUCUUAAUGGUACUGUGUUUAAUCAGGUUUUCCCAUGUAAAACACCAUCCUUCGCUGAUCAUUGUCAACCAUUGAAGAAGGUACUGGAAUGUAGCAAAUCACUCAGUGAUGAUAACAUAUCCUUGAGCAAAAAUCACAGUGAUAUUCAGAAUACAGCUAAAUCUGUCAGUUCUGUUUUGUCAACAUUGGAUACUGGUAAAAAUGGAGUCACAAUGGAAUCAACUGCAACGAGAAGCAACAUUGAUAAUCACAUGAUGGUGAAAGGCUUGGGUGUAAUUUCUGACAUUCCCAAAGACUCUGGCUUUCCAAGAGUUUAUGCCAAGAUAGCAUCUCGUGUUAACAGUAUCUUACCAUUUAUUAAGAUUGCUUAUCCAGACAUGAUGGGUAGUGACAGCUCGAAGGAACUUGAGCCAUUGAACAUUAAAGACCGCAGAGUAUGCAGAGCCAAACUCCUAGCUUGUGUGGAGCGAGGAUUUUCUGAGUUUGAGGGUUCAAACAAAGUGGUGUAUGAACUAGAUACACUUAUCACAGAACUUCCACCACAAAGGCAAAAUAGCAGUACAAAUAGGUUGCUUGUUAAUUCAGAUGAGUUGCAUCUAGGCCAAAAAGAUGGAACUAAAAGUCACCUGUGUUUUGAGUCACGGUUUGAAAGUGGAAAUCUUCGGAAAGUGAUUCAGAUUUCUCCUAAGGAGUAUGAUCUCAUCCUCAUGCCAGAUGUAAACUCCAGUCACCAUCAUCAGUGGUUUUAUUUUGAAGUCAGCAAUAUGGAAUCUAAUUUUCCAUAUGUCUUUAAUAUUGUCAACUGUGAGAAGCAGAACAGCCAAUUCAACUAUGGAAUGAAACCAAUAAUGUACUCUGUCCGUGAGUCUGUAUUGGGACGUCCAGGAUGGGUACGUGUGGGUACUGACAUCUGUUACUAUAGGAAUUGGUACCAGAACAUAACGUCUCGCAAACCACGCUCAUAUCUUACUACAGCAUUCACAAUUGCAUUCCCACAUUCAUAUGAUGUCUGCUACAUCGCUUACCACUAUCCGUACACAUACUCACAGCUGCUGGCUCAGAUAUGGAAAUGGUCUGUAUCAGUAGAUUCUACUUCAAUUUACUUUCGUGCAGAGUCUAUCUGUUCAUCUCUGAAUAACAAUGAGACGCCGCUGAUCACUGUUACAGCUGCAGAAUCAGAGACCAACUCAGUUGCGAUGAGGGAAAUUAUUUUCCUCACUGCUCGUGUGCACCCAGGCGAGAGCAAUUCCUCUUGGGUGAUGCAAGGAACACUUGAGAAGCUAUUGAGUAAUUCUCCAGCAGCUGUUAGUUUGCGCAGUAAAUAUGUGUUCAAGAUAAUCCCAAUGCUCAACAUGGAAGGUGUUAUAAAUGGCUGCCACCGAUGUGGUCUGACAAAUGAGGAUCUUAAUCGCCGUUGGAGCCACCCUAACAAGUAUCUGCAUCCUGUUAUCUACCAUACCAAAGGUCUACUUGAAUACUGUGUAUUUGUUUUAAAGAAACCACCAUAUGUGUUCUGUGAUUACCAUGGACAUUCACGUCGUAAGAACGUGUUCUUAUAUGGAUGUUCAAAUUCUGAUAGUUGGAGUGACAUAGAUCGUUCGGUGCCCGACAAUCCUGCAGAUUACCUCCUACUCCCUCAUCUGAUGCAACACUUCUCUCCUGCAUUUUCUCUGCAACUGUGCAGCUUCAGGGUUGAACGUGAACGAGAGUCAACAGCUCGAGUUACUCUGUGGCGUGAGUUUGGUAUCAAACGGAGCUACACAAUGGAGAGUAGUUACUGUGGUUGUGACCAGGGACUGUAUGAGGGAUACCAUGUGAACACAAUAUGCUUGAAGGAGAUUGGAGAACAUUUCUGUGAUGCUCUCGCCUGUCUGCACAAUGAGUCAUGCUGGAGGAAAGAUGUGACUACAUGCAGUCCGGGACCAUUAAGGUUAGAUCUACAAGGGACACUUACAGGACCUGGCCCUGAAGUCAUUGAGUCAGAGCGAAGUGAUUGCAGUGAAUGUGAAGAAGAGCAUUGUUGAUAUAUGAAAUUAUAGUUACAUAAAUUGAUUUGUUUGAAGUUAUACUCUUUCAGGACUAAGGUAAUUUCAGUAUUUUCAGUAGUGUGAUAUCAAUGUUUUUUUUAAUACAGAGCUUACUUUCAUAAUAUUGUAAAUCUGUUAGUGUAAAAUAUUUUACUGUUACUAAUAUACACAUUUCAGAUAUGAAUGUAAUAUCAGUGUUAGUCUCAUUUGCAUCAGAUUACUUGUAAACUAAUAAUUAAGUUAUAUAAUAUUGUUAAACACGUGGAAGUGAAUUGUACAAUUGGAUUCAUAGAUUAGGAAACAGUGUUCUGUUAAAAUAAAGUUCAGAUGUGUUGAUAUUAAUA